UAUUGAACAGCAGUUGCUUAGGGGCCUUUACAUUAAUCGGCAAGAUGGCGGCGUCCAGAGUGCAAGUGCUGUCCCUUUACAAAGCGAUGCUUAAUGCGAGUCAGAAAUUUCCCUCCUAUAAUUACAGGACCUAUGCCAUCAGGAAGGUAAGAGAUGCCUUCAGAGAGAAAAAGCAUGUGAAGGAUCCCAAAACCAUUGAAGAUUUGGUAGACAAGGCUAGAGAGAACCUAGCAAUCAUUCAGCGGCAGGUUUUAAUUGGCCAGAUGUACGCUACCAAGAUGACUGUGAUUGAAGACAAGAGAGAGAGAAAAGUGCAAUGAAGAACAUGGACAUGAAAAUCAUUGGCAUUCCUCCGUUUGCAGUCAACCUUCAUGAAUACAAUUAAAAAAUCCCUCUCUGUGCAAAGCUGUUGGAUAUCUCAAAAUGAAUUGAUCAACUUUCUUUAGUAUAUACAUCCUUGACAGAAAGAUGCAUACCACAUUAAAACAGUGUUUAGUGUUGAUGCUCCAUUAAAAAGAUAUUUCAAUCAUAA